AAAACGCCAUUGUCGUGUUACAAAUAAGUAAAAUUAGAAAUUCAGGCAAAUUCAGGCACUUGGAUGAAAACGGUCCCUGUGCCUAAAGUAAAAUACGGAACCGUGCAAUUUUUUUGGUGGUUCUUUGGGUUCUCCUCUUUGGUGGUUGACCUGAGCUCAAUGGGAGGAUUUAACCCAUCUGCUACAUCUCCCUGGUCCGUGCAUUGAUUCAUGCCUUUUUUCCAGGAUAAUUCCAGCACGUCACUGAGUCCUUCCCACAAAGUUGGGAAACAGCGGCGCAUCCGUGGAAGCGAGCGGACACACGAGAGCCGCGUCUGGAAGAUCAAGAAUGCUGAAGACGCAAUGGAUCCCCUAGUUCAUUUGAGCCCACUGAGAGUCCGAAUCUCUGCUCUCCCACACCCCACGCGCCCACCUCAUCCCUGGGCACCCGACCCUGCGCCUUUUGCCAUCGUCUGGAAGAGUGAGUAGUUUUCUCACCGACACGGGAGAAAGGUGAAACCUUCCUGUGUAAAUAUGACUGGAUGGAGGUCUCAGUGGCGUCUGGUCCUGCUCAACUCACUGACAUGUGGCCUGGAGAUCUGCGUGGCGGCUGGGAUCACCUACGUGCCCCCUCUGUUGCUGGAGGCUGGCGUGGAGGAACAGUACAUGACGAUGGUUUUAGGUAUUGGACCUGUCCUGGGACUUCUCUUCAUCCCCCUGAUUGGCUCAGCCAGCGAUCAGUGCAACAGUAGCUACGGCCGACGGCGACCCUUCAUAUGGCUGCUGUCAUUGGGAGUUCUCCUAGCCCUUUUUAUCAUACCGCAUGCUGACGUGUUGGCUGCCAACCUGAGCUGGGGCAGCACCCGCCGCAACCAGGCUCUCCAGGUGGGCCUGCUCAUCCUAGGCGUGGGCCUAUUGGACUUCUGCGGACAGGUGUGCUUUACGCCACUGGAGGCGUUACUCUCGGACCUCUACCGUGAACGGGAUGACUGCGGACAGGCUUUCGCUAUGUUCUCCUUCAUGGUAAGCCUUGGAGGUUGCAUAGGCUAUUUGCUACCCGCUCUGGACUGGAGCGGUGGACUCCUUUCCUUCUACCUGGGUGGUCAGGCUGAGUGCUUGUUCUCCCUCCUCAUCCUCAUUUUUGUGGUCAGCGUGUUAGUGACCAUGAAGGUGUCCGAGGAACCCUCAUCCACCCUGGAACCGGUGCUGUUGGAGCCCGGAGGGUGUAUUCCGCGCUCAUGCUGCUAUCUGUUUCAGUGUAAGCUGCGGGCUCUGAAGUCCGGCCCACUCAUGUGCCUGCUCAGGACUUGCUGGUCCAUGACACCGGCCAUUUAUCGCAGCUACUGCCACGUGCCACGUGUCAUGCGACAGCUGUGUUUGGCGCAGCUCUGCAGCUGGAUGGGUGUCAUGUCCUUCAUGCUCUUCUACACAGAUUUUGUCGGCGAGGGACUGUACGAAGGAGUUCCCAGCGCCGCUCCGGGUACUAUUCUCAGGCAACGCUAUGAUGAAGGUAUCCGUAUGGGCAGCCUGGGCCUGUUCCUGCAGUGUGCUACCUCAACCUUAUUCUCACUGGUCAUGAGCAGGCUGGUGCAUCUCUUUGGGUCCAGGGUGGUCUAUUUGAGCAGCAUGGUGUGUUUCACCUUCUCCGCUCUGGUCAUCUGCUUGUCCAAGAGCGUCCUGUUGGUCACAGCUAUGUCGGCCCUCACUGGCUUUGCCUAUGCGACGCUGCAGACACUGCCUUACACGCUUACUUGCCACUACCACAAAGAGAAAGAGGUGUACAUGCAAAACAGCAAAACCAAAAAAGCGCACACAAAUGGAUUCACCAUCGCAAGGGAUUCUGUUUGUCUGACACUAGACAACGGCCCUGGAGAUCUCAACCACAAGAGUGACAUUUCCAAUGGGCAUGUUUCUUACAGUAGAGAUGAACCAGAGUAUUACCCACCUCUGCAUCAGAAUGGUGCCGCCCUUGGUCUGGAGUCAGAGGAUUUUGAGAAACGUGGGGUGGGACUAGACUUUGCCAUUCUGGACAGCACCUUCCUUCUCUCUCAGGUCUUCCCUACCCUCUUCAUGGGCAUGAUCGUCCAGUUCACAGAGUCCGUCACCGCGUACAUUGCCUCCUCUGCCAUCUUUAGCGCCAUUGGCAUCUAUUUUGCCACCCACAUCAUCUUUGACCAAAAGGACCUCAGAAGCUGAAAGAAACAGUAAUUGUGUCAUUUCACAGUUCACUUUUUACUAAGCAUCAUGUUAAAUGUCACUGAUUAAUCUACAGAAAGUGAUGGUUAAAAAAAUGAGAUGGGAAGAAAAAUUACAUUUCAAUGCUUUUUUGCUUUCUCUUCCAAAAGUAUUGGGUUCUCCUGAGAAACUGCAUUCACUCA